UCUUCUGCGUUAUACCAGCGAUAACCUUACACAAUUUCAUGAUUUCUACGGUGCUGGGUUUGCUGCAUUUUCCUCUUUGCUUUCCGAGUUGCGGGUGUAUGGUUUGUGAAGUAAAACUUAAAAGUCCGUUUGCCACAAAAACUUUUGGAACAAGCGAUUGUCGACAUAAUAAAGGAACAAUUUGCGGCUGGUUUAAAACUCUUCUUUUUGUGAGGCUUUAUCGUUCAAGAAUAUUUUUAUAUGAGAGAUACGUGUAAAUAAUUUAGAAAAAAUCAAAAUCGUAUUAAGGGCGUGAACUAAAAUGGAAAAGUACGUUUUUGAUGACGACAUAAGAGCUUUAAAUUAGCCGGUUGAAGAUGACGAUGCAAGUCAACUGCCUGUCUUUUAGACAGCCCUACGCAGGCUUCAUACUGAACGGAAUUAAAACGAUUGAGACACGAUGGAGACCCCUGCUGUCUGAACUGAAAAACUGCACACUGGCUAUUCACGUUGCCCAGAGGGAUUGGGAAGGGUCCGAGUGGAGAGAAUUACUAACGGACGCUCUGAGCAUAAAUCCGGCUCAAGUGGAGGAACUUCUUGACGCUGGUGAAAGAUUUGGACGAGGAGUUAUAGCAGGCCUGGUGGAUGUAGGCGAGACCUGGCAGUGUCCAGAGAGCCUGGCCACUGACGACCUGCAGGACCUCCAGAGGAGAGCUGUGCUGCCCGGCCUGCAGGGGAAAUAUCUGACAGUGCUGUCCAGCCCUCGCUGGCUGAAGGAGCCGCUGUUCUCGCGGGGACACAAGGAUUUGUGGACAGUAGAAAUCCCAAUCCGUCUACUCCCUGCCCCUCCCACUCCUGGGCCCUAGACCCUCUGCUUCCUCAUAUCAUUUUUAAAAUAUUUUCAGGACACACUGGAGUUUGCUGUCAGGAGUUUGUGUUUAACUGGGUGGUGGCUCAAUGUAGUUCUUGCCUGGGGAAGCCAGGGUCAGGACAAACUUAUGCCAUUUUUUAAAAGUCAGUGAGAUGUUGGCAGCAUAGUCUUUCUAUUUUUUCUUUGUGCCAGUGCAAGUUUUAAAUAAACCCAGAAUUUUCACCUCA